ACCUCGAGAGCCCUCCUCACCAUGACGUGGCACUUCGAUCUCCGACACGCACCGUGACCCUUUCCUCUUCCCAAAGAGAAAACCCUAAUUCUCUCUCUCUCUCUCUCUCUCUCUCUCUCUCUUGCAUUGCGUUGCAGAAUCAAAUUGAGAAUUCAAAUUCAAUUUCCGAUUUCCGAUUUCCGAUUUCCGAUUUCUAUGAGCUGAACCCUAGAAAACAUGGCGGAGACGAGUCCAUCGAGCCAGUCGCGGUCGCUGACGGAGACGGUGAACGGUUCGCACAAGUUCGUGAUCCAAGGCUACUCGUUGGCGAAAGGCAUGGGAGUAGGGAAGCACAUCGCGAGCGACAAUUUCACCGUCGGAGGAUAUCAGUGGGCGAUAUAUUUCUAUCCCGACGGGAAAAACCCCGAGGACAAUUCCGCCUACGUUUCGGUCUUCAUCGCUCUCGCCAGCGAAGGCACCGACGUCCGAGCCUUGUUCGAAUUAACCCUAGUCGAUCAAAGCGGCAAAGGAAAACACAAAGUCCAUAGCCAUUUCGAUCGCGCACUCGAAAGCGGUCCAUACACUCUCAAAUAUCGCGGUAGCAUGUGGGGAUACAAGCGGUUUUUUAGACGAAAUUUGCUUGAGAGCUCAGAUUAUUUGAAGGAUGAUUGCUUGAAAAUAAAUUGUACUGUUGGAGUAGUGGUUUCGGCCACGGAUUGUCCGCGAUUACAUUCAAUUAGGGUUCCAGAGUCCGAUAUUGGAGCACAUUUUGGUGUGCUAUUAGAAAAUAUGGAAGCUUCCGAUAUUACUUUCGAUGUGGCAGGGCAAAAGUUCCGUGCUCAUAAGCUAGUACUCGCAGCUCGUUCCCCUUUGUUUCGAUCUGAAUUUUUCGAUGGCUUGGAGGAAGAUAAGCAGGAGAUUGCUGUAACCGACCUCGAACCUAAGGUUUUUAAGGCCAUGCUGCAUUUUAUAUACAGAGAUUCCCUUACAGAAGAAGUGGAGUCUGUGUCGUCUAGCUCGUCUUGUACGUCCCCGGUAUCAGACACGUUGACGGCUAAGUUGUUAGCAGCAGCCGAUCGGUAUGGUUUGGAGAGGCUUAGAAUGAUGUGUGAGUCUCACCUCUGCAAGGAUAUAUCAGUCAAUUCCGUUGCUGAAAUUCUUGCCUUAGCUGACCGCUAUCACGCCACCGAAUUAAAAGAAGUUUGCCUUAGAUUUGCUUCUGAGAACCUUGCAGUAAAGGUGGAAGACAGUGCCAGGAGAGGGUUGUGGGAGGAGUUGGCUGGAGCUUAUGAAAGAUGAAAGUGGUUUUGUGUGUAGUUGGGGGUUUUAAAGUCGUUUGCUUCCCUAGCUAGAGGCUGGGUUGUACUAGAUUUUUUGCUCUAUUAUGUGAUUUUCAGAGUUCAUUUUAGGUAUGAAUUUAAUUGAUCUACUUUUGGAAGGAGGCUCUUAUAAAUGGUCGAGCAACCAAGACAAUCUGUCCAUGUUUCAGAUCAAUAGGUUUUUGGUAUCCAUGGAAUAGGAGUAUACAGUGGUUACUUCCUUGCCUAUUUUUGGACCAUUUUGGUGUUCUUUUGGACAAUGGUGGUUUGAGGAUGGGAAGAUUCUUCUUCAAAUUUGAAGAUUUGUGUUUUUUGGAUUGAGUAAAAGGCCUGUGGGAUGGCUAUAACUUUCAAGGGCGCUUGAGUUUUGUUUUAGCUAACAAACUCGAGGUGCUCAAGGAGGAUUUGCAGGUGUGGAAUAAGCAAGAGUUUGGAGAUGUGGGGUUACCAAAAAAAAAAAAAAAGGGCCAUUGGCUGAUAUUGUGUUCCUUGAUGCAAAAUAGGGGAUAGGAAGGUUUGUCCUGAGAUGAUGAAGUUAGUAGAGAAGAAUUGAAGCAAAGUUGUGAAACCUUGCUCACUUGAAGAGAUCUUACGGCUUCAAAAGUUCAUAGUGGUUAAGGAGGGAAAAAAACAACACUAGAUUUUCCCACAGAUUUCAUUCAGGAGUUGGAGGUUGAUGGUUAUAGAUUGUUGUUUAUUCUGGUAGUGGAAGUUCUUAGUCACAUGCUCUUGAGAGUUGUGGAGGGAGGUUUAUUGGAUGGGUUUAGAGUGGGCAAGGCCACCUCCAAAGCUUUGUUAGUGUCUCACUUUUUGUUUGCAGAUGAUACCAUUUUAUUGGUGGUGCACUUGAGUGUAAUCCAUGCCUUUGUGCUUUGAAGCUGUAUCAGUUGGAAGUAAAUUUGAGCAGGAGUGAUAUAAUUCCAGUGGGGGAGGUUGGGAAUGUGGAGGACUUGGCUGCAUUGCUUUCUUGUGAGCAGUUAAACCAGGUUCAUAAGCUGGAUGUGCUAGAAGGAGAGAGAGGACUGUAUGAUGGUGAGAGAAAUCAAAUCGAGCCAGACAAAACUGGAGUUGGAUUUGGUUUUACUGCUGGAAGAAGCUGGAGGAAAAAAUGAAGGGUUCCCUACUCGGAAAAAGGGGAUAAGGAUAUCGGAUUUUUCCAUCGUCUAGCUAACUCUCAUAGAAGGUACAAUGCCAUCAACAACCUUAGAGUUGAUAACGUGAUGCUGUCUGAUACAGAGGCACUUUGGGAAAACAUUGUUCAAUUUUAUAGCAACAUGUAUUGUGAGCCUGAGAAUUGGAGACCUGAGGUAGAUGGCUUGUUUUUUUCAACCAUUAGUAAAAUAGAGGCAGCUCAGUUAGAGAGUUUGAAGAUGAUGGAAGUAUUGCAGGAUUUGGAAGAAAAUUUUUAUUACUCAUCAAAAAAAGGUGGGUUCAUUGUAGAUGACUUAUUUAUGUAUUGCCUUUGGGUGAUUCAUGCAAGGUAUCUAUGGUUUGGAAUACAGUUCUUGAAGGAUAUAAAAAUGGCUAUUAGAGUGGAAAAAGUUGUACCUUUUAAAGGGGGGCUCAUCUUACCCUUCUCAAGAUAAGGGGGUGUUUGGUUUGUGUUUUCAAACAACCAUUUUCAGUUUUUAAAUAGUAUUACACGUAUUUUUAUAUACUUUUUCACCCACACGUAUUUCCACAGAUGUUUUCAAACAAC